AUGUCGUUGAGCCCCAAGCACACGACACCCUUCUCCGUGUCCGACAUCCUGAGCCCCAUCGAGGAGACCUACAAGAAGUUCGGCGGCGCCAUGGACGGCGCGCCGCCCGGCCUGGGGGCGCCCCUGGGGGCCGGGGCCGCGGCCGCCGCCGCCUACCGUGCGCCCCCGCUCGGCCCCUCCUCGCAGGCGGCGGCGGUGGCCGGCAUGCAGCCGCCCCACGCCAUGGCGGGCCACAACGCGGCGGCGGCGGCGGCGGCGGCCGCGGCGGCGGCGGCGGCGGCCGCGUCCUACCACAUGCCGCCGGGCGUCUCGCAGUUUCCUCACGGCGCCGUGGGCGGCUACUGCAACGGCGGCCUGGGCAACGUGGGCGAGCUGCCCGCCUACACGGACGGCAUGCGGGGCGGCGCAGCCGCGACCCCCGGCUGGUACGGCGCCAACCCGGACCCGCGCUACUCGUCAAUCUCCAGGUUCAUGGGGCCGUCGGCGGGCGUGAACGUGGCCGGCAUGGGGUCGCUGACGGGGAUCGCGGACGCCGCCAAGACGCUGGCGCCGUUGCACGCGGCAGCGGCAGCGGCAGCGGCGGCGCCGCGAAGGAAGCGGCGCGUGCUCUUCUCGCAGGCGCAGGUGUACGAGCUGGAGCGGCGCUUCAAGCAGCAGAAGUACCUGUCGGCGCCCGAGCGCGAGCACCUGGCCAGCAUGAUCCAUCUGACGCCCACGCAGGUCAAGAUCUGGUUCCAGAACCACCGCUACAAGAUGAAGCGGCAGGCCAAGGACAAGGCGGCGCAGCAGCUGCAGCAGGACGGCGGCCUGGGCCCGCCGCCGCCGCCGCCGUCCUCCCCGCGCCGCGUGGCGGUGCCCGUGCUGGUCAAGGACGGCAAGCCGUGCCAGAACGGGGCCAGCACGCCCACGCCCGGCCCGGCCGGCCCGCAGCCGCCCGCCCCGACGCCCGCGCCGGAGCUCGAGGAGCUCUCGCCCAGCCCGCCCGCGCUGCACGCCCCGGGCGGCGGCCUGGCGUCCCUGGACGCUGCGGCGGGGGACUUCGGCGGCGGCGUGCUGGGCGCCAACCUGCUCUAUGGCAGGACGUGGUGA